GAAAGGGCCGAGAAGAUGCGAUUGAUAGAUAACGAUGAGAGGUGUAGAACUUGUCAAAUUAGGCUCAUCUUUUAUGUUAUUACUUAUUUUGUAGGAUAUGUGUGUUCUGAACCAUGUGGAGAUACACAGGAGUGUCAACAUCACCACUUAACACACUGUCACAUGCAUACACACAUUGUUUGUAAUAGCGGCCAAUGUGAAUGCUCAAGUGGUUCCACUGGCACAUCAUGCACUCAGUUGUCCGAUUGUAGCAGUGUUACCUGCAGAGAUAAUAACGACAGUGCCCACUGUGUGGAUGGGUCUUGCCAUUGUACUAGAAGACCUGGGGGACAGGGUGGAAAUUAAAUAAAAUUUGAUACACCAAAGCAUAUAUCAUUAAACUAAUACCAUAAAAUGACAUGUUUUUGUUUGUUUCUGUAAAUUCAUUAAACAAUUAAAUGCACACAAACAUUUCUGUA